AUGCCCAACUCGGCCGCCGACGCCUCGGCUGCGCACUCUGCGCCUCCGCCCGGGCUCUCCGCCUCUGCGUCCUCCCUAUACGCAGGCAUCUUCGGGCCCGCCACGCCUUCCUCCAGUGCUGCCGCAGCACCAGCGACGCCGGCACAUGCACAGCAAUCCUCAGAUGCCCCUGCCGCGGCGGCGCAGCAGCAGCAGGAUGCAGGCAGCAGCAGCGGUCAGGGCGACGGCGCUGGGCCUGUCGCAGCGGCGGGCACGCCGGCGAGCGGCAACUGGUCUGCUUCGCUGCGCUUUGCGCCCCGUGUGCGUCCAAAGCAGACGCCCAUCAAGCGCGUCGGCAGCGCUGUCAACCUCGGCGCAUCAGCCGCACGGCCCAUGUCCGUCGCCAGCGCCUUUGCGGACGCAGCAGACGAAGGCACCGAUGUGCAUGCUACGCCGUCGGGAAGCGCUCUGGGACGCGCAUAUACGGCACACGCUCUGAACAGCAAAAGUGCUGCUCCAGCUGCUAGUUCCUCGCAAGAAGCCUCGCCGCCGACUUCGCAGCCACUGCCAGCCAGCACGCUGCCCGCACCCGUGCCCAAAGGCCCAGCCGCCGAGCUGGCGGUGCCGCAGGUGCUGCAAGCGCCGUCGAUGGUCAUCCCGCAGCAUGAGCUUGAGGCAGAUGCGGCGCGAGCGGCAGAUGCAGCGUAUCGGCGAGGAGAGGGAAAGGGCGGCGCGCGGGCAGAGGAGGAAGAGGACGAUGAUGUGAACGGCUUCAGACAGACCGAGAGGGGCAGGGGCAAGAAGCGGCAAAAGCGCAUCGUCGAUCCGGCGAUGGAGCUGGAUGCCGACUACGAUCCCCGCACGCCCAAUACCUACUCAGACUACAUCGUUCUGCGCUCCAGUAGGCGGGCUGCGCGCUUUGCUCGCGAGCGUGCGAUGCAGGGCUUGCCGAUGGAGGUCGAGGCUGCUGCUGCGUCGGGCGAUCGAGAGAGGAAUGAACGCUUCGCUCGGUUCGCACCACCGCCAGGGCUGUACCCAGCUGCUGCUCCGCGACCGACGCCAUUCGCAGGCAUGAACAUCGACGACAACGACGACAAGCCGUAUCUCUCAAUCACUCCGCCCACCUCUCCGCCUCGUCCAGCACCGUCCGCACUCUCGACUCCCGCCUCCGAGUAUCCUCCGCCAUCGACCGCGGCUCCGCCGAGAGCACUGACGGGCGACGAGGCGUACGCUCUGCGCGUAGCUCGCUCUCAGGCUGCACAAAGCGCUGCAGCUUCGAAUAGCGGAGCACCAGAGCGGCCCGCUCUCGAGCGUGCUGCAUCUGGACCGCCGCCGCCUGGUCCACCUCCUGGUCCGCCGCCAGGACCUCCGCCGCCACCGCCACCUGGGCUCGCGCUUGCCUCUUCUCCAUCUAUUGCAGCGCAUUCGAGCAGCUCUGGCGACUUUGCAGCUCGCCAGGCUGCGGCAGCUGCGAUUGCAGCACGUCUUGGCUCUGCGCAGGCCGCAGGUGCCAGUAGCGCAAACAGUGCGCUGGGCAAGACCGGACUCGUGUGGCAGCCUCCUGCUGCAUCAGCCGACGCGGCGCCGCCGAAGCCUCGCGAUCAGAAGGGCUUUGCGAAGCGCAUGAUGGAGGCGCAAGGCUGGGUUGCGGGCCAAGGUCUGGGCGCAGAGGGCAACAAGGGCAUUUCGCAGCCGCUGAUGGCGGCCAAGGCGAAGGAUGGGCAGAGAUGGAAGGGCAAGGAGGAGAGCACGAACACUAGCACUGCGGCGAGAGGCAUGAUCCUGAAUCCCGAGGCGGCGGCGGCACGCAAGAAGGAGAGGGAACAGUAUGGCGAACCGAGCGUCGUGGUGCUGCUCGAGGACAUGAUCUCUCCCGAGGACGUCGACGACGAUCUGCCUGGUGAUGUCGGCGACGAAUGCGCGAAGCACGGCUUCGUGCAGCGCGUCGCCAUCUGGCCCAGCGAGUCGGGCACCAAGGUCCGCAUCUUUGUGCUCUUCUCCGGGCAUGCGGGCGCUUAUAGAUGCGUCAAGGAACUCGAUGGGCGCCUCUUCGGCGGCAGGACUGUCCGCGCGCGCUACUACCCUGAAGCAGCCUUCGCGAACGGCGAAUACGAGCAGUAG